CACUUUACGCAAUACCCUCCUCGCUUUCUCUCCAACCAAAAAAGAAACAAAAAGCAGUGGGGAGACGUUUGAAUUGGAAAUAGGAAGAGAGCAAAAAUGGUGGACUUGGCAAGGGUUCAAAAGGAGCUGCAGGAGUGCAACAGAGAUGUUGGGGUUUCAGGAAUAAGUGUAACCCUUAAAGGUGACAGUCUCACUCACUUGAUUGGUACAAUCCCUGGUCCUCUUGGUACUCCUUAUGAAGGUGGUUCUUUCAAGAUCGAUAUUACUCUUACUGAUGGCUACCCAUUCGAGCCUCCAAAAAUGAGAUUUGCCACAAAAGUUUGGCAUCCCAAUAUAAGUAGCCAAAGUGGAGCAAUAUGCCUAGACAUCCUGAAAGACCAGUGGAGCCCAGCGCUAACUCUCAAGACAGCUCUCCUUUCUAUACAAGCAUUACUCUCUGCUCCUGAACCUGAUGAUCCACAAGAUGCAGUUGUUGCACAACAGUAUCUCAGAGACCAUCAGACCUUUGUUGGCACAGCUCGUUACUGGACUGAAACAUUUGCGAAAACACUUGGCACCGAGGAGAAGAUACAAAAGCUUGUGGAAAUGGGGUUUCCUGAAGCUCAAGUGAGGAGUACUUUGGAAGCCACAGGUUGGGAUGAAAACAUGGCACUUGAAAAGCUGUGCUCUGGCUAGCACUGCAACUCAUGUUUUGGAUGUAGAAGAUUAUAUCCUGCCAUCAAAAGCUGAAUGACCAAAAAAAGUCAUUCAAUCAUACUGUUACUUGGGCAACCUUGUUUUUGGUAUCUUUUAUGGUUUGGGGUCGACAUAUCGCCGCAACUCGUGAACAUUCUGAUGUCAUUUUACAAUAUCAAGCAAAUUGCAUAUUAGUUUAUGAUAGGAAGUGCAUUUGCAUAUUAGCUUGCAUCAUGCUUUCUUCUUUUGUAAACUAAUUCUGCAAAGUUAAUAUAUUACAUUUUUGGCCAUAACCUGUUAUUCCCCGA